AUGGACCACGAGGAUGAGCCUAGGCGCGGUGCUUCCAGGGCGAAUAGCGUGCGUUUCGACGAGAGCGCAAUCCAUGCAUAUAACAGCCAUGGAAACCGUUCUGCGGCUGAGCUUGCACCGGUCCGAACUGGGAGUGGAAUGGGAGCCCAUCCACUCACAGAGCUGUCCUACUCCCAUCGAUCAGACGGGAGACAGAGCUCGUCUGGUCAUUCACACCACUCCGCCCGCACAUACAGUUUGGAGACGUCUAGGAUAGAAAGUUCUUCCACCACAACGACUCCUGCUAGCCAAUACCCUCCCCUCGGACCUCCUCCUGGCCUCUUUAUCCUUGGUCCUGUUCCUUGCAUCAUUAGAUGCUGGCUCACAACCAGCUUUUCUAACGAUUCCUUGCUUUAUGCUGCGAUUUGCACUGGUGCUUACUCGUCUUCAGUGGCUUCUCCGUUGAUACAAAAGCUCGGUCUCGAGGGUGAUAUCAUAGAGGAAGAUGGUGCACGCACCAUCAAACUACCUGUGUAUUUCCCAGAGGCCAGUGUUUGCCAAUCUUCAUCGCGCAGUUCCAGCCCGGAACCACAUCUUCCGGCUUUGACUGUUCGAUUCUUUGUCCGUGACAUAGACCAGGAAGACCAAAAAGCUAUCUCGAUUUUCGUAGGGAGUGAUGUUCUUCGGACUCACAACGCUGAUAUCCUCUUUUCCCAAGAUAAGAUGUUCGUUGUUGAUGAUGCUAGAAAUAGAAUUUCUAUUCCACUGGUUCGCCCCGAGGACCACGAGUCGUUCCGGAGCCUGACCACCAUGCCCAGGAAAUCAUUGUCCCAGAAUCCCCAGCAAAAGCCUAUAGAGAAGGACCACAGCACCUCGGACAUCGACGACACCCAUCCAGAACAAUCUGCUGGCGUUAUCGGCCGUCUCGGACCCAGCCACAACCAACCGCAGCCAUCAAAAUCUGCACUUUCCCUCAAAACAUCAUCUGAGGCGUUGGCCAACCAUGAUAAGGACCGUUCGUCUCAGGCUAUCAGUGACUCGGAGGAUAACAGCCUUGACAUGGCUAAUCCCAAGUCUGCCGCCAGCGAGAAGUCGCAUGGUAGGCCGAGCACCAAGAGUGAUGAAGGAAGCGGACACUGGGGCUCGUGGCGACGUGAUGCAGCUCCUACCACAUCAUCUUCCACCAAGUCAGACCAACCAGCAUCUUAUGUCGCUGUCUCCCAACGCCCUGCCACCAGACGUAACAUGAAGGUGCUAAAGCCGACCAAGACGUUGACCCGGUCCAACACAGCCAACGCCCCAACCGGCAUGGCCCAGCUUUCCAUCGCCGACCGCACGUCCAGCGAUGCCCCUUCCGCUAACAGACAAACAAGAUCAACCAGCGGCGAGAACGGAGACGUUUCGAGCUACGGAGCUAUUCAUUCCAGCACCCCAUGGCCUGGGAAGUCCAGACCAAGUAACAAUCCAAUCGGCGGAGCAUCUGCCUUUGGAUGGCUGAAUACGCAGCAGAAGCAGAACACCACAACACACGCUGACUGA